UUUGUACGACUGUCAGUUGUCUCACUUUAAUAUAUUUUGAAAUCAAACAAAUAUGUGCUGCAUACAAACAUGUUAAUGCAAGCUCGGCGGCACAUCAACGUCACAGUUCCACUGAUGGUAAUGGUCCUGUUAGCGGCAAGACUGCAUCCAGUGUGUGGCACUAAUGGCGAUGUAGAUUCGAGAAGAACGGUAAAGCUACGCCGAGAUCAAGAUGACUGGCUUGCCCUUCCGCCGUUGAAUGUCAAAAAGCCUGUGGCGAGCACCGAUCGAUUGUUCCAGCAGGUGGACGCCUUCGAUCGACUCGAUGGCAUAACAGAAUCCUCGCCUGCAAGGGACUUGGAAGCAUUUUGGGGCUUUGGUCGUAAAUCAGAGAAGCAGCCGAAGGAGAACAAGCUGAACUUCUUGCUAAACUAUUCCAGUGAAAAGAAACUGGGAACAGCGGAAGCUGGAGCCAACACAAAGAUCGAUGAGCUGUUCAAGCGGCCGCAGAUGAAGAAACCCGAAAGCGCGCAGCAGCUGGAGCAGCAUCACCGGCAAAUGGAUCACUUCAAGAACGUUGCUGCCGAUCUGGCAUUUGAGCGAAUGAUGAACAGCCAGCAAGAACGAAAACAGAGCGCCGAUGCUGUCUUUAUCCCCCUGUUUACCACCGCAACACCCUUUUUAGCCAAGUCUGCUCCGGAAAAGUCCCCAAAUAGGAAGAUUUAUCCGCUAAAUCACGCUGCAAAACCUUCUUGGGCGAUAACUUAUUUGGCAAAAAGUGUUCCGGCGAAGCCAGCAAAGGAAAAGAUUCAUCCACAGCUUUCCGCUGCAAAACCUUUCGGGGCGAAGCCUGUUCCUGCGAAGCCCGGUAAUAGUAAGAUCCAUCUGCUGUCUAAAGCCAAGAGCCAGAAGCCAGCGUUGCCCCGUCCAAGCACCUGUGCGGCAACGACACCAAAAAAACCUCCCUCCGGGAAGGGUAAUCCCAGUCCCAAGCCCAAACCGUUGGCACCGUCUAAGGCGCAGUGCAAAGACAAGAAAGAGCCGCCGAUCAGUGGUUCCUCAGCAAAGCGUUUAGAGCUAGAGAUCCUAGGCAUGAAGAAGCAUCUCCUGUCCAUCCUGAAGACCCUGAACGUCCUGGAAAUGGAGGUGCUGAGCAGAUCGCCAGACACCUGUCCGCGACACCAUCACAAGGGGAAAGGGAUGGGCAAGGGCAACGCUCCAAAGAAGAAGACAAAGAUCGGGGAGCGACUGGACAGACCCAAUUUACUGUCCAAAGCUAACUCAACGCUUCAUCCCGGCUUUGUCUUCGGCAUUCGACCGGCGGGCGCCAAGGAGAAAUUGGCAGCUUUGGCUGCCGCUCGCAGCGAGGAACUCAAGCUGCGGGGAAAAGUGUGGCAAGAGCAUCUGCAGCAUCUGAUGGCCAGGAAGCGGCCCUACUUAAAGCCAAAGCGUUACGAGGUAGCGCCACCAGCAGCCGCUCGCCUAGAGCCCGUAGACCCAAAGCCUUCCGUCGUCCCGCCCCUCAAUCACAAGUCGCUGCUUUUGUUGCUGAAAUCGAGGCCAACUUCAGCUCCUGUGCAGCAAGAUCGCAUGCCUGUUACCCCAGCCAAACAUUUAGCUAUUCGAAAUUAUGAACUGUUGCCAAAAAAGUUGAAUGGCACCAAACGCCAUCCCGCGCCACGGAUGAAUAAAAAGAGAAAGAAGAAGAAAAUAGCUCCACGACCGACUGACCGAACGAUAGCCAGGAAGAUGGCCAGAUAGCAAGAUGCUAGCCCAAUGCGAUA